AUGAAACAAAUAACAUUUAUAAUCUUUUUGAUUUUAUUGACUAUUAAAGUUAGUGAAUCAGUGACUUGUGUCAAUCCAGAAGGAAAAGCAGUCAAAUGGUGGAUUCAUUUGGCAGAUGCCGAUUCAGCUACAGAAGAAAAUAUGUAUGCAAGAGGACUUUACUAUGAUUCUCUUCUCGAUUUGAUGAAAAAACAUGUUGAUCAAGCAAAUGGUGAUAAGAUAACAGAACAACAAUGUAUUGACAAAAAUUAUUUAGGAUUGGAAUGGUAUCAUGACCAAGGUUAUGAACAUAGAGUAAUUGAUAACAGUGUUUUCUAUCAUGGUCAUGUCAAGUCAUUGUAUGUUUUCGAUUUAAGAGAUAAUGAUAUAGAUAGUAAUACAGGGUUUUUCGUUUCACAUUCAAUGAGAAUGCCAGAGUUAAAGAGUACUGGAAGUGGUUUGUACGAGAAAGCAAAGUGGUAUUCAACCAUCACAACAUGCAUUCUGAUUCAUACACAACUACCAAAAAAAUAUUGUAUGGAGAAUGAGGGACCAUUUACACUUGGUUCAUUCACAACGUUUUCAUUUUCUGCAGACAAAGAGAAUGACAAGAAGAACUAUAAAACUUUGAGUAAAUGUUUUGCUUUGAACUAUGGCAAGAAGAUCCAAAACAUUAAAUUUGAGAACGACUUUACCUUUGAAAAUAAAGAUAAUCCAAUCAAAGUUGAUAUGUUGUCCACAACCCAUUGUCUUAGUAAUGAUGUUCCAAAAGACGAUUCGAUUUGUUAUGAUGCAAAGACAGUUUGUAGUUUCACAGACUUUGGAAUGGAUCCAUAUUUAUUGGUUGCACAACAUUAUGAUUCACACUUUUUCGUCAGUACUGAUCAAGAAACAUUCCCAUCAUUGAUUGGAUCAACAUUUAGUGUUAGAAACAUUGUUACUUGGAGUCCAAUAUGGAGUAGAGAAAAAAAAGAUGGAGAAAAUUCAGAAUCUAGAAGCAGACAUGAAAAGUUGAUGGUUUCCAAAUCAAAGAAUAUCAUUUGUCUUGGUGAUUCCAAUCGAAAUGAUUAUUCAGUUCAUCAUGCUGGAACAAUUUUUUGUAUUGAAAAUGAAAUUCUGGCAAAGAGAGUUCAUGAAUCGAUUAGAUCAUUCAAUACUUACAGACAAUUCAACUUUGGAGAUGACAAGAGAAAAGGAUUUGGUGAUAUUAAGAUAAAUCAUAAUUCUCCAUUUGAAGAUGUCAAACCAGUUUGUUAUCUUUAUGCUCAGAGUUUAUAUCAUCCAAUCGCUAAAGUUUCAUAUGAUAUGAAAUUCUAUAAAAGAAAAGGAUCAAUCCCUCUCACCAAUUCUAAUAUCACUCCAGGAGAACCAAGUAGAGAUCAAAUUGAGUCUGAGAAAAUAAAACAGGCAAUUGAUGGUUUGAAACCUGGCCAACCACCCACCAGACAACACACAAAACAUAUAAAAGUUGACGAAGAAUAUGCAAAAAAACGAGCAAUUGAAGAUCCUUUUAGUCAACAGCUAAAGAAAAAGAGAAAGUAA